AUGUUAGCGAAGCGAUUGUUUAGUGAUAAAGCAGUAGCUAGAGGAGAUUAUGGCCGACUAGAAGAUAAAGAUUUGAAUGUUUUUGAAAAGAUUUGCGGGUCAAACAAUGUUCUAAAGGACGAUCUGGACCCAUACAAUGUUGAUUUUAUGAAAUGGUACAAAGGUAAGCGAGGAGUUGAAAGAAAAACAUUACCUUUCGCGGUUUGAUCGCUGUUUUCUAGGACAACAUGUUUCAAGCUUGUUUUUCAUAGCUGUUUUAUAGUGUAAUAUAUCAAAAACUUGGUCAAUAUUUAUCAAAAACCUUGUGUUUUACUUGAUUUUUCAAGCUCAAGGUAUCGAAUCUUCAAAAAACGAUUGAUCCAAUACAAAUCAGUUGAUAUAAACUAUAGCUUUAGACUCUUUCAGGUAAAUCCCAAUGUGUUUUAACCCCAGAAUCAGCGGAACAAAUCUCACAAUUGCUGAAACAUUGUUAUGAACGAAGGUUGGCUGUCUGUCCUCAAGCUGGAAACACUGGUUUGGUUGGCGGAAGUGUGCCAGUUCAUGAUGAAGUCGUCAUUUCUAUCAAAAAACUUCGAAAUUACUACAAAUUAGAUCCGAAUUCAGGUAGGUUUUUGUAAAAUACGAGGGAAAUAGGGGUGUAGUUGUAAAAUACGAUCGUUGUGGCUUUCUAGUUUUAAAUUAUAUUGUUUAGGUUGUAAUAAGGGAGAAAUUUGAAUUUAAUUUUAGGUAUAUUAGAGUGUGAUGCCGGCUUUGUUCUGCAAGAAUUGGACGAAAAACUGGCCAAAGACGGGUUUAUGAUGCCAAUUGAUUUGGGAGCGAAGGGAAGUUGCCUGAUUGGAGGUAAUAUUGCCACGAAUGCUGGUGGAGUACGCCUGGUGAGGUAUGGAAGUCUCAAUGCUAAUGUGCUUUCACUUCAAGUUGUAAGUUUACUUUAUGUCUGGUCUGCCUUGUACUAGCUUUCUUUCCCCUCUCUCGUUUCUCUAACCUGCUUUUCCAUGCCCUGGUUUAUCUUGCUCGGUUCUACCCUGCUCUGAUCUGCCUUGCCCUGACCUGCCUUGUCCUGCCAUGCCCUGCCUUGUCUUGCUUUGCCCUGCCCUGCCCUGCCCUGCCCUGCCCUGCCCUGCCCUGCCCUGCCCUGCCCUGCCCUGCCCUGCCCUGCCCUGCCCUGCCCUGCUCUGCCCUGCCCUGCUCUGCUCUGCUCUUCUCUGCUCUGUCUUGCCCUGCCCUGUUCUCUACUACCUUACACUACCUUAUCUUAUCCUAUUAUACCCUACCCUACUCCUACCUACCUUCUCUUACCAACCUUACUCUACCUUAUCCUACUUUGUCUUACCUACCUAUAUUUUCUAUUCUAAUAGAACGUUUUAUUUUUACAGGUUCUACCAGACGCCCAAGGCACGAUCCUUAACCUAGGCGCACCACUAAGAAAAGACAAUGCCGAUCUAAAGCUACAACAACUUUUCAUAGGCUCGGAAGGACAACUGGGCUUAAUAACUAAAUGUGCCAUUUUAGUACCACCUAAGCCCAAAAGUGUACAACUCGCAUUCUUAGGCACAAAAUCUUUUGCCGAUUGCUGUGCCGUGCUCAGGGCGUGUAAAAAGAUGUUGGGGGAGAUUCUGUCAAGUUUUGAGUUGAUGGAUUCUGAAUCCAUGAGGUGUGUGGAGGAGAAUGUGCUACUGGAAUCUGUGUUGACAUCAAAACCGGAGUUUAACUUGCUUAUUGAGGUUGCUGGUAAGAAGUGUUUUGGCAAACUGUUGUCCGAAUAUGAAUGAGCCAAACGUUUCAAAGAUGGGCGUUUUGAAUGGCUUAUUUAUAUUCGGACAACUUGACAGUUUAUUAGUUUUGUCUGUACUACAGUAUACUGCCUUUGAGUACGAAAAGUUAAAAUAUUAUGUGAUAUUGUUGUAGGUAUUAUAGCCAACUAAAAAGUUUAGUAUAAUAUUAUAGUAAAAUAUUGUAGGAUCAAGCCCAGAGCACGAUGCAGAAAAGAUGGAGAACUUCCUAACCUACUGCAUGGACGAAGGCCUAGCCACAGACGGAGUUAUGGCUCAAACUGGCAAAGAAUCCGAACUUUUUUGGAAAAUCCGAGAAAAUGCGUCAUUGGCUCUGAACUUUGACGGUUAUGUGUACAAACAUGACGUUUCUUUACCAUUGGAUCACUUUUACGAAUUGAGCGAAGUGAUAAGAGAUAGAUUAAAGGGCACAAAAGCUAAAAGGAUUGUCACAUUUGGGCAUUUGGGCGAUGGAAAUUCACAUUUGAACAUCACGGCCAAGGACUUUAAUCAGGAGGUUUAUGAUAAGUGAGUUAUAGGAGCUUUGCUUUAUUUUUAUUUUACGAGGGUAGCUGGCUCUGAUAUAUUCUGUUCCUACCUUUACAUCUAUCAUACUUUGGCUUUUCUUGCCGUACUUUAUAUUACCUUGAACUACCGUAUAUUAAUCUAAUCUACUGUAGUCUAUUCUACCCUAUCCUACUCUGAUUUACCUUAAUUAUCUCAUGUUACUCUAUUCUACUUUACUUUAUCUACCUCUUACUCUGUAUACAGUACUCUCUCUAUGAGAUGUCUUGCUUACAAUAUAUUAUUCUAUCAUUAUCUUACAUUAUUUUGGCUUUCUGUUACAAUCAUCGUAUUUUAUCUUUUCUUACUAAAUGAUUUUUAGUUUUCUUGCUCUGCUCUACCUUAAGUUACUUUACUAUAACUCAUUUUACACUACUCUACCCUAAUUUAUUUCUUCCUCUUCUCCUAUUACUCUAUCUAAACUACCCUUCUCUACCUUACUUUUCUGUACCUUACUUUGCCCUGCUCUACUCUAAUUUACUUUACUCUAUCUUAUCCUACUUUAACCUAGCUUUCCUUAUUACCCUUACUUUGUCUACAUUAUUUUAUGAUAUGUCCAACUUAUAGUAUGUUAUCUCAUCAUUAUUUUAUAGUAUUCUAUACUGCUAUCUUAAAAGUCGUAUUUUACCUUGCCUUAUAUUAUAUACUUUAAAUUGUGAUGUUUUACAUUUGUAUAUUUAUAUAUCUCUUUUAUAAUAAUUUCAGAUUAUAUCCCUUCAUUUACGACUGGACAGCCGCUCAUAAUGGCUCGAUUUCGGCCGAACAUGGCAUCGGUCGUCUGAAACGAAUAUACCAUCAUAAUCUGGUCAACGAGAAGAAGCAAAACAUAAAUUCCGAGAUUAAGCGAGUCUUCGACCCUCGGGGAAUUCUCUCACCCUACAAGAUGAUCGACUAA